UGUCCCCUGCAGACUGAUCCUUUUCUAAGUGGUACAAUUCCACGUGCUUGAAUUGCUUGGAGGAAGAAGUUGGCUGCCUCGAGGCUCUGUUGUCUCUGCAAGCCCUGUAGACACCGCAGAGGGAGAUGGCCAGGAGCUCACAAGCCCAAAGGUGCUUUUGAAAACAACUACGCAAACUGUUUCCUGGAACACUGCAUCAUCCCCUUUUUUGCUGACUGAAAUGCCCUAGGCUGCUGCAGUGUCAUUGCUGAACUGUCUCUUCCUCCUGAGAGUCACGUAGGCCUCUUCCGUCCCAUCAGCUGUGCCUCUAUCUGCAAGCUUGAAUUAAUUUGUAUCCAUGUGGCUUCCGGCUGGGAACGCUGCAGCUCAGCUGGUGAAGUACAGCUACUCUCUCUGAGAAGGGUGGUCAGCCAAAGUAUGGAGGCUUCUUCCCAAGUCUUUAGAGCCACCAGCUUUCAUCCUGUCAUGAACGCCAGCACAGAGUGCAAGCCACAGGUGCUGCCCCGUGUCAUCCCCAUCCUGCUGAGCAUUCUCUUCUUGGCCUGCCUCGUUCUGAACAGCACUAGUCUGUGGAUAUUCUGGUUCCAUAUCAAGCAGUGGAAUUCUAGCGUGAUCCUCCAAUUCAACCUAGUCUUAACGGAUGUCCUUCUUAUUCCCAUUGUGCCGCUGAUUGUUGCCUAUUUCAGCCUGGACAACAACUGGCUAUUUGGUCAGUUCCUCUGCCAGCUCAAAAUCUUCAUCCUCAGCACCCACUUGUAUGGCAGCAUCUACUUCCUGACGCUCAUCAGCAUUCACAGGUACCUUGCUGUCGUUCACUACAGCUCCAGGAGCCUUUGGAAGAAGAAGUCCUUCCUGAAGAAGCUCAGCUUGUUCAUAUGGUUUCUCCUAAGCAUCCAAGGGCUGCCCUUGUUCAUCGUCCUCAAGACUUCAUCAAUCAAUGGCUCUGUGAAAUGCAUGAGUAUCCAUCAGUCAGAGUUCUCUUCUGUUUACUUGUACUACAAUAUCUUCCUAGUGACGGUCAACUUCCUGCUCCCCUUUGGUAUCUCCUUGACUUGCUAUGCCUUGCUGGGAGCUACCAUUGCUAAAAUGAACAGUACGAGCCUCCGGGGCAGGGUGAUGAAAACGAAGUCCUUACAGAUGAUAAUGGUGUCCCUGGCUAUCUUUGUCAUCUGCUUUGUGCCACUGCAUGUGAGCAGGACCAUAGGAGUGAUUGUAAAGUAUUACAACCUGUCCUGUGAGCGCCUGCACCAGGUGGAAAUUGUGUAUUAUGUCUCUUGGCUUUUCACCAUGGUGAACUGCUGUCUCAAUCCCUUGAUCUACAGCUUCGCUAGUGAGAAGUUUAAUGAGUCCUUCUCAAAAUCCCUGAGAAAAUUCCGGCUCUUGAAGUGAAUUGGCAGGAUUCAGGGCCCAUGCUAGCACUUCC